AUGACGACCACCCCCGCGGAGGAUGAUCAUCAUCGAGUCCUUUUGUGCCCACCAGUAGUACUCCCGCAAAAUACGACCACUACGACUCGCAACAACACCACCACCACCACGGCAACAGAAAAAGCCGUAGCGACGAGGACUGUCUUCGCGUUGGGGGACCCCGAUGUGAGCGCCGCGAAGCGUGGGGUUACUUUGAAUGAUUCAAAGUGUCGCGUCCACACGUCGUGCCAAAGAGCGGAUUGCGAAUUCCGUCGCUUACCCUGGGAGUUGAGCGCGCAAGUGGAGGUGCAAAGACGAUGCGCCUUGAAUUUGAAGAGGAGGAACGAGAGGAGUUUACGGAUUGGGAGUAAUUGUCGUGGUAACGGUGCUUUUGUCGACGAGGAUGAUGAUGUUGAGGAGGAUUACCACAUCACGCAAGAGCACUUGAACCAGUGCAUAAAAGAGCAAAAAGAAAAAGAACACGCGAUACAGGAGUCGUUUAAAAAAGACGUUCUGAACGCGAUGCCGAAAGAGAUUGGCGCCAAGGUGGAUCCGAAAACUGGGAGGAUUUUGGAGCGGAUUGAAAGGGGGGUUCAAAGGGGGGCGCAACGCAGAGGCGACGCGCGAGCGCAACUGCACCAGUCGCGAAGGGCGAGGAAGAUGGCGGCGCGGAAGCAGGUUUUGAUGUUAGAGCAACAGAAAGUGCACAUGAUAAAGCAACAGCAACAACAGCAGCAUAGGCAAUUGAAUACUAUCAAUAAUAAUAAUAAUAACAACAACAACAACAUCAGCACGGAUGGAGAUUCGGGCAACGCGCAAGAGUCCGUGAACGAAGAUUUGAUGAAUAUGAGUUUUGAGGAGAUUAUGGACGACUCGGACGAGAGCGAGGACGAUUGCAUCGAUAACGACGGAAGCGCGGAUGGAGGGGCGAGAGCGUGUGAGAACUGCGACGCGACGAGAAGUACGAGAUGGCACGAGCAUGAAGUAGAGAAUCGCGCGACGGACGCGCGAGGGAGGAAAACGAACGAAGUGAUAGGGACGGUAAUCACGUUGACGUGCGAGGACUGUCACGUGGAGACUUUGAAGAAAGCAACGCAAGAGUACGCGGCGAGGUCGAAUUGCGCGAGGUGCGACGAAGAGAGCGAGCGCGGAGAGGAAGAUAAUACCGAUGCUAAGACGCAAAAUCCGAGGAAUUAUUACGAGGGCGCGAACGGAGACACGUUGUGCUUGAAAUGUUACCGAGUGGAUUAUGAAAAGUACAUUUUGAAUUUACGCCAAGAACGAGAAAAGGUGAAAAAAGAGGAAUCAAACAACAACAACAAGUCCAAGUUUCUCGCGAAUCGCGCGGGCGUUCGAUUAAAGAACGCCCCGAAAUGGGCGAGAACGUCUAUUCUGCAGACGACGUACGGUAUUGCCAUUUUACCGCCCCCAGAAGGCGCGAAGGAGUACUCGAAAGAUUGGUGCGCCUGUUGCGAACGUCCGAAAGAUCCCGAGUCGCGAUCGCAGUGGGGGAUGAGUAAAACCGUCUACGGCGCGUCUUUAUGUCACAACUGUUAUCGCGUCGAGUUGGAAGGAUUUAAAAAACACGGAUGUGUGGUCUGCAGCAAGUCGUGGGAGACCAACUUGUAUUUUCGAUCGAAAAUGAACGUUCACGAUUUCUUGUGCAAAGAUUGCUUCGUCGCGGAGAAGAGGAAAAUGUUUCCAGAAUUGUGCGUGGAGGAAAGAGAUGAUGACGCUACUACUACUACCACCACCACCGCCGCCGCCGCCACCACCACCAUAAUGAAUCGUUCGUUUUUGACGCCAGCGCAACGAAAUCACAACAAGAAAGGUCGCAAGUGCUGCAUAUGCGCGGCAGAUCAAACGUCGUUGGCCGGGUGGUAUUUCAUGCGAAACGAGAAAAAUGAAAGGGUUGACGGAAAGUACUCGUGCAAUCGAUGCUACGCAAACUUUUGUCGCCCGGGGAGACCGGAAAGAUCAGUUCUCUCCGCGGAUAAGAUUCGUCAAGCGUUGACGACGUCAAACGGCGUAAUUCGAUACGACAUGUCCGAAGCGAGAACGACGGUGGCAAAUUAUACAUUCAGUACUUCUGGGCCGGCGCCGAGACCAAAAAUUCGCCCCCCGAGAACUGCUAUCGUCGCGCCGACGCCGAAGAAUAAAGUCGUCAAGAAACAACACCAACAGUCGUCGCAUCGUGCGCAUUCGCAAAAGAUUAAAACUGGGCCGAUUGAAGCGGCUUUUCAAUCGGACGACGACGCAGACGACGACGAAGAUCUCAUCAAGUGUGUCUCGUGUUUAAAAGGCAACAAUCCGAAGAAACUCGUCCUUUGCGAUGGAUGCGAUGCGGGACAUCACACGUAUUGCAUAGGCUUAGCUCGCGUUCCGGCGGCAUCGAGAUGGUUUUGCCCCGCGUGUACGAAGAGAGAAGCGCAGAAAGAAAGCUUGACGUGCACGGAAGCGCAUCCGUGCGUCGCUUGCGGCUGCGUGGAUGAAACGAUAGAAAACUACACGCCAGAGCCCAUCAAGUCGAUUGAUUGCUUUUGUCGCUUGUGCUUCGAACGUUAUCACGCGAAUAUUCGCAACGAAAUCAGCGGCUCAAGAUUAUCUCUCGAUGAACUUCUUAGUCGCGUGUUUGACAAACUUCCGAAAAAGACGAAAUCGGAAGAAGCGAAAGCCAUCGACAACGUCACCAUCAGCGACAAAAAGAACAAGUGGAGCAGCGAACAAGAGUGGGAGAAGCGCGUCUCGGCAACUUCAGGACUCGACGCCGAAGCACAAACAUUAUCCACGUGUUGGCUACCACCGCCGGAGACAAAGGUGCGCGUGAGAUUGCCGGUGGCAAGAUUCACGCCAGUGGAUGAGUCUGCGGUCGUGAAAAAGGUCAUGCCAGCGGCGCAAGCAAUGCCUCCACCGCCGCCGCGUCCUCGUCCACCACCGUCGAUAAUUCCUCCUCCUCCUCCACCACCACCACCACCACCUCCUCUUCCUCCUUCUCUUGAUACGAAAAAACAAAACAAUCGAAAAUCGGCCCAACGGUCGCGGAACCGAUUGAGAGCGCUAGCUGCUUUGAGAAAUCUUAAGAAGAACAAAAACAAAACAGACGAGGAACUCAUUUCGCAAUUACCGAAAGAUUUACAACCAAGACCUAAGGGUGCAGGAUCCCAUCGGUCUCCUUCUCUCCCAGCGAGCGUACAGAAACCGCCGGCAAUAGUGGUGAAAAAGCCGACUCCUUCGCCGAUUCCUUCGUACAACACUCAAAUGGAAGUCAUGUCAGCUCCUAACCAUCCACACGCGCGACAAUCCGUUUCGAGUAUGCCAUCGAUUUCGCUCGUUGCGAACAUGCCAUCGGAUACGCCGAAAGAAGAGCGCAUUCGCGAAGCGCUGUAUCGGUCAAACGGACGCAAGAAGUUCGUUAAAGAGAUGUUGAAGAGACCAGAGCACAAAUGCAAAACGGAAUACGAACUCUUUGCGAUGUUACCGGAAGACCUUCAAUUUCGUCAGCCACCGCCCGGAUUCUCUGGAAUCGUCGUUCGACAUAACACAGAAACCGACAAGAAUACUAAAGUGCACUCGAGCACCAAGAAACGAAAGUCAGUCACGCCCACGCCGCCAACUUCGAAAGUACCGCAAGUCGAGCAACCGACUCGGAAGCGUCCUAAACUGCCAGCGGGGAGUACGGAAGUGGCUCACCGGGACGGUCGAACGUGCGUGACGUGCCGAUCCAAGACGACGCCGUACGGCGACUGGUACCGCACGGAAAAAGGCAACGAGAAUUGUAAAACGUACUUUUGCUCGCGAUGCGCGAAAAUCCCGGCAAACCGGUUGGCGCGGGGCGGCGUUUUGACGAAGAAAGAUAUUGAGAAGUUGGCCGAUGCCGGUCAACAGCAGCCAAAGAAGGACGAACUACUCAAGAAGAAAGGGAACGGCUUUGGCGUUGGCAUACUGAAGAAAAUAUGGACGACAAAGAAAUGA